AUGUCAAGUUCCGAUGCUCCAAUUUUAGUCACAGGGGCGGCUGGAAGAGUUGGUGGAGUCGGAGGACGUGUGGUUGAACUGCUACGAAAAGCCAAUUUACCGGUCCGCGCACUCGUACGCCAAGAUGACGAGAGAGCGGACCGAUUACGCUCUCUGGGAGCAGAAGUUGUCGUGGCAGAUCUCCUAAAAACAGAACAAGUCCUCCCUAUUCUCCAGGGGUGCCAAAAGAUCUUUUUCUGUCUUUCUGUCUCUGCAGAAUACCUCGAGGCGACGAUGGUAAUGGCAGCAGCUGCAAGGGCCACGCCAGGCAUUGAAAUCAUUGUCAACAUGUCUCAGAUGACAGUGGCCGAGAUGGAUUUGACGCAUACAACAGAUUCGCCCCAGCACAAGCUACAAUGGCUGAGUGAACAGGCACUUAACUGGUCUGGCGUGCCAGUAACUCAUCUUCGGCCAACGGCAUUCCAAGAAAACUCGCUUUUCUUGCAAAUGCCAGCCAGAGGGAUCAAGCAGUCAGGCAAAAUUCGACUACCUUUUGGGAAGGGACGCGUUUCCCCAGUCGCUACUCGAGACGUGGCUGAGUGUGCGGUUCAAAUUCUUUUACACGCUCAAGAUUAUGUCGGCAAGACCGUGGAAUUGACUGGGCCAAACUCGGUCGAUAUGUUUGAGCUGGCCAAGGAAUAUGCAUCUGCCAUUGGGAUCCCUGUGCAGUACGAACCAACACCUUUCGAAGUAUGGAGCGAGCAAGCGUCUAAAAUUGGAUGGCCUGCGCAUGUACAAAAUCACAUUUCUACCAUGGUCAAACUCGUAGAAGCAGGGCGUUACGAUAGAUAUACGGAUUCAGUUCAAACGAUUCUUGGUAGGCCAGCCACACCUAUUUCGUCAAUGAUCAGGCAGAAUCUCGACAUUUUUAAGUAG